AUGGAAUCGAACUCGGACGUUUUGGCAACAAACCACGGUAACAACAUGAGUAAAUGGGCCAUGGAUGGCAUGCACCGACGUCGUCUCUCGCUGUUGGAAAAAUGGGAUAGUGACAAGUUAAUGGCCAUUGGAUAUCUUCGUCGACAACGCGAGAUUAUAACGUGGAUCGAGAGUGUAUUAAAGUGUGAGCUGUCGUCCAUUUGCCUGUUUGAAGUACUAAAGUCGGGCGUGGUGUUGCGUGAAAUGAUGGAAGUAUGCUUCCCCGAUACCUCCAAUUGUAUGCAACCAAUCAACCGCAACUACUCAAAGCAAAUGGCUCCCUGGAAGGAGCGCGAGAAUAUCUCGGUUUUCCUAAGGCUGUGCAAGUCGAUUGGAAUGAACGGCUUGUCAUUAUUCUGCACGGAUGACUUGUAUGAGGGCACGGACAUGGUGCAAGUGUUAUUCUGCUUGGAGCAUUUUAAAAUGAUCUUGGAGGAUCAUACUGCCCAUUAUUCCAAGUGCGUUUGUACAAAUGAGCCGGCUGAGUUUUCCAACCAAGAGCUGGAGAUGUCGAGAACCAAACAAGAUGUAGUCAAUGUCACGGCUUCAAGGCGUCUACUUUCUUUUGGUAGAUCGUCAGUAUUGCCGACAAGUAUCGCAGAUAAUGAAAAAGAGUCCGUCACGAGGGAGGCGUCAGAGCUAGACUUUGUGCUGUCGAAGGGCAAGAAGAACGAAACAGUGGAACCCGCUAAAGUCUCCGAUGAGAAGGUCAUCGAUGAAGUGCUGACUGAGGUAUGCAAUCAUGCGUCCGAAGAUAAGCCGAAUGUCGAAAAUCCUGCUGACGGCGAUAAUAUGAGCUUUAGACAGAACGGAAGUGACGUUAGCAAUGAACAAGCGAUUCAAGCUGUAGACACCUUCGUCCUUGUGCAAAACACCAAGGUCAACCUGCCGUUGGUGCACUUGGGAACAGAAGCCAAGAAUGAAAAGGCUGUUGCACGAUUACUGGCGAAACAUGACGUGUCAACUACCAUUGAGAAGGAAUUUGAAACACCCAUGGAUGAAGUCGCCAUUGCUGUAGAGGAAACAAUACGAGGGACGACUACUGAUCCGGCAACAGACUUGGUAGUGGACAUGAAGGCAGAAAAUGAUGACCAAGUCAAUUGCAAAAGUGAAGUUCCUGCUGCAGGUUUAGUACCGAAAGGAACUGAUGAAAGCGAAAACCAGACCAAUAUCGAUAACGAAGUCACGGCGGGAACUGACAUUCCUGUUACAGGCCCGGAUGAUGCAUCAGUUGAGUCGACUUUAGCUGAAGACAUUGCAAGUGCUCAAUCUUCAGCAGAAAAUGUAGCAGAGGAUGUAGCCGAACAAGAAGAUGCGACGUCGCAACCAACAGAAGAGGAGCUUCUUGACGCAAAGACAAUGGCAAAAUGCUCAUGCGGCACAUGCACUAUCAUGUAA